ACAAAACAAUACAAAACAACAACAAAAGAGAGAGAGAGAGAGAAAAGGCAAAAGAAAAUACAUGUUUCUUCCCCUUACUAAGCUAGCUAAAAUAAAAUGUAAGGCAACAGAAAUAUGCAUCCCGUCUAUGUGAGACGAGACCCCAGCAUCCCCACCUAUGGACUCCGACAGUCCAUCUUACUGAACACCAGGCUUCAGGAUUGCUACGUGGACUCACCAGCUCUCAGCAACAUCCGGAUAGCUAGAACAUGCGCGAAGCAGAACAUCAGGCCUUUGGCAGCAGGUAACACCUCUACUUGGGAAGUUGUAAAGAGCCCGUUCAUCGGCAGUUCAUUCUCCCUGGUUAAGCUCGUGCUAAGGCGGCAACUGAAGGAUCAAUGCUGCCCAGUUCAGAGCAAGUUUGGAGAAGCGAAACCCUCAAAGAGAUUGAAGCGCAAGGACAAUUCUUCCAUGAACGCUACCCAGCGUGUCAGGAUAAGAAACUCCAUCAGUUCCAAGAGCGAGGGGCCAGCAGGGCAGCCGCCACCCUUCCCUAGGCACAGAAGGCCUGCAGGAAGCACCAGAGAGAGUAAAGAGAGUUCAAAGGAGAAAAAAGUAACAGUCCGCCAAGAUCUUGAGGACAGAUAUGCUGACCAUGUGGCUCCCACCCAAGCGCUGCCUGGGGACAGUGGGACCGCUGCCUGCAAGGGCCAACCGUUGCUAACUGAAACCCAGAAGAGACAGCCGUUGUCGGAGGACAUGCUCACCAUCCACGGCCUCUCCACAGAGGGUUACCGGGCUCUGUACCAUGCUGUGGUAGAACCGAUGCUAUGGAACCCUUCUGGAACCCCUAAGAGAUACAGCUUGGAGCUGGGCAAGGCCAUUAAACAAAGGCUCCGGGAAGCUCUGUGCAGUCAGGCUGCCCUUGGAGGUGUUCAGAAAGACCCCUUUCCAGGCCUGAAGCUGCUGGGCGUCCAUGAGGAGCCUCUACCCAAGAAAUGGUCCAGGUUAGAGUGAAAAAUAGGAAAGGAACUCAUGGGGUUAGAUAUUCUCUACUAGAUGUCUGAAAAAUAAACACUACUUUGCACCUUCCACAGGAUCUUAUAGUGCUUUACACAUUAGUGCCACCCUCAU